CGUCAUCGGCUUAGGACGCCGGGUGGGUGAAGGAGCGCGCGGAGACGCCUCUCCAGACGCGAGCGGGCGGGCCCCUGACCCAUAAGGAGUGGUAGGAUCCAAGCAGCUGAGCUCGGAGUUCUGCGACUCACCAGGGCCACAGCGGCAAACCUGCGGAGGCUGGUGACGCGCGCGUCUUUCCUUCUCCUCCCGCGUCGCCUCGGACUGGCGCUCGCUGAUGACGUUGCCGGCAUGAUGGCGGCCGCGAGGCCGGGAAGGUGAAGUUGGAACAACUGGUGCAGUUAACAUAACCAGUAGCCAACCUCAACCUGAGACAGGACAGAGGAGAACGGAAAUACCUUUCGUCUUUCUGACCCAACCAUGUCCACGAUGCCCACUUUGUGAAGGGCGCUAACCAUCCAAAAACUUCUCCUCUGCUCCCGUUGUGCCAGCAGACGAUCCGUGGAUCCAUUUUUUUUCCCUGCUAGGAGCUGCUGUACAUAAAUCUGGCGCAAUGUCCCUGUUCUUCUCUCGAUGCAACUCUGUUGUCACAGUCAAGAAGGAUAAGAGACACAUGGCUGAGGUGAAUGCUUCUCCACUCAAGCACUUUGUCACUGCCAAGAAGAAGAUCAAUGGCAUUUUUGAGCAGCUGGGGGCCUACAUCCAAGAGAGCGCCACCUUCCUGGAAGACACCUACAGGAAUGCAGAACUGGACCCUGUUACGACAGAAGAACAGGUUCUGGAUGUCAAAGGCUACUUGUCCAAAGUGAGGGGCAUCAGCGAGGUGCUUGCCCGGCGGCACAUGAAAGUGGCUUUUUUUGGCCGGACAAGCAACGGGAAGAGCACCGUGAUCAAUGCCAUGCUCUGGGACAAAGUCCUGCCCUCUGGGAUCGGCCACACCACCAACUGCUUCCUGCGUGUGGAGGGCACGGAUGGCCAUGAGGCCUUCCUCCUCACAGAGGGCUCAGAGGAGAAGAGGAGCAUCAAGACUGUGAACCAGCUGGCGCACGCCCUCCACCAGAACGAGCAGCUGCAUGCCGGCAGCCUGGUGAGUGUGAUGUGGCCCAACUCCAAGUGCCCUCUGCUGAAGGAUGACCUCGUGCUGAUGGACAGCCCUGGCAUCGAUGUCACCACAGAGCUGGACAGCUGGAUUGACAAGUUUUGCCUGGAUGCUGAUGUGUUUGUGCUGGUGGCCAACUCGGAGUCCACCCUGAUGCAGACGGAGAAGCAGUUCUUCCACAAGGUGAGCGAGCGCCUGUCCCGCCCCAAUAUCUUCAUCCUGAACAACCGCUGGGAUGCGUCUGCCUCGGAGCCCGAGUACAUGGAGGAGGUGCGGCGGCAGCACAUGGAGCGCUGUACCGGCUUCCUGGUGGACGAGCUGGGCGUGGUGGAUCGAGGCCAGGCUGGAGACCGCAUCUUCUUUGUGUCUGCCAAGGAGGUGCUCAACGCCAGGAUCCAGAAGGCCCAGGGCAUGCCCGAAGGAGGGGGCGCUCUUGCAGAAGGCUUUCAAGUGAGGAUGCUUGAGUUUCAGAAUUUUGAGAGGAGGUUUGAGGAAUGCAUUUCCCAGUCUGCAGUGAAGACCAAAUUUGAGCAACACACGGUCCGGGCGAAGCAGAUUGCAGAGGCAGUUCGCCUCAUCAUGGACUCUCUGCACAUCGCGGCCCAGGAGCAGCGGGUUUACUGCCUGGAAAUGCGCGAGGAUCGGCAGGAGCGACUGAGAUUUAUUGACAAACAGUUGGAGCUCUUGGCGCAAGACUACAAACUGCGAAUUAGGCAGAUCACGGAGGAAGUCGAAAGGCAGGUGUCAACAGCAAUGGCCGAGGAGAUCAGGCGCCUCUCGGUGCUGGUGGACGAGUACCAGAUGGAUUUCCACCCUUCCCCAGUCGUCCUCAAGGUUUAUAAGAAUGAGCUGCACCGCCAUAUAGAGGAAGGACUGGGCCGAAACAUGUCAGACCGCUGCUCCACGGCCAUCACCAGCUCCCUGCAGACCAUGCAGCAGGAGAUGAUAGACGGCUUGAAGCCCCUCCUUCCUGCGUCGGCGCGGAGUCAGAUUGACCUGCUGGUUCCUCGGCAGUGCUUCUCUCUCAGCUACGACCUGAACUGUGACAAGCUGUGUGCCGACUUUCAGGAGGACAUCGAGUUCCACUUCUCCCUCGGGUGGACCAUGCUAGUGAAUAGGUUCCUGGGCCCCAAGAGCAGCCGCCGGGCCUUGAUGGGCUACAACGACCAGGUUCAGCGCCCCGUCCCUCUGACGCCAGCCAACCCCAGCAUGCCCCCUCUGCCGCAGGGCUCCCUCACCCAGGAGGAGCUCAUGGUCUCCAUGGUCACCGGCCUGGCCUCCCUGACGUCCAGGACCUCCAUGGGCAUUCUGGUGGUUGGAGGCGUGGUGUGGAAGGCAGUGGGCUGGCGGCUCAUCGCCUUGUCCUUUGGGCUCUACGGCCUCCUCUACGUCUAUGAGCGUCUGACCUGGACCACAAAGGCCAAGGAGAGGGCCUUCAAGCGCCAGUUUGUGGAGUACGCCAGCGAGAAGCUGCAGCUCAUCAUCAGCUACACCGGCUCCAACUGCAGCCACCAAGUCCAGCAGGAACUGUCUGGGACUUUUGCUCAUUUGUGCCAGCAAGUCGACAUCACCCGGGAGAACCUGGAGCAGGAAAUUGCUGCUAUGAACCAGAAAAUUGAGGUUCUUGAUUCACUUCAGAGCAAAGCAAAACUGCUCAGGAAUAAAGGCGGUUGGAUGGACAGUGAACUCAACAUGUUCAUGCACCAGUACCUGCAGCCCAGCAGAUAGUGGGCCGCCGGAGCCUGCGUGGAGAAGGGCGGCGGCGCCAGCCAUGGAGCGGGGGCCGCCACCAGGGCCCCACGCUGCUUCUGGCCGGCCCGCCGUGAGAAUGAAAGCGCCAGUGUUUCACACCGUUUUGAGCCCUUCACACUAGUUCCUCGCCCUGCCCCC